UUAAAGAGUGAUAACCAGUUUGAGCGCAUGUUUCCACACCGAUCAGCACAUUUUAUUCAGGAAAUAAGCACCCGAACAGGCUCAAUUAAGUAGUUAGCUAGUUUGUUAGAUAGUCAGUCAUGUCUGCCGAAGAGGCUCCUCCAGCUCAGCACCAGCAGAAGUCCGCCGGAGCGCCUCCGACGUCUCCGGAGUUCUCCUCUUCCUCCGUGGAGGAGAUGUGCCGGGCUCUGGUGCUCACUGGCUACGGCGGCUACGACAAAGUCAAGCUGCAGGUGAGGCCCCACAAGAAGCCUCUGCUUCAGCCCCAGGAGGUCCUGGUGCGAGUCAAGGCGUGCGGGCUCAACUUUGCCGAGCUGAUGGGCAGGCAGGGUCUGUACGAGCCGCUGCCCUCCCCGCCUGUCACCCUGGGCAUGGAGGCCUCUGGAGUCAUCCAAGCUGUCGGAGGAGACGUGAAGGACCGAAAAGUGGGGGAUCGUGUCAUCGUCUUGAGCCGCAGCGGCAUGUGGCAGGAAAUGGUCGUGGUACCCGCCAGCCGAGCCUUCCCCAUGCCCGAGUCCAUGAGCUUUGAGGAGGGCGCCGCCAUCCCUAUCAACUACAUGACGGCGUACAUGAUGCUCUUCGAGAUGGCCAACCUCAGGCCGGGCAAGAGUGUGUUGGUCCACAUGGCUGCAGGGGGCGUGGGCAUCGCCGUCACCCAGCUGUGCCAGACGGUGCCCGACGUGACCGUCUUCGGCACAGCGUCGGCCUCCAAACACGACGUCAUUGCACAGGUGGGCGUGACUCACCCCAUCGACUACCGCACCAAAGACUAUGUGGAGGAAAUUGGCAAAAUCAGCCCCAAAGGAGUGGACAUAGUGCUGGACCCACUGGGUGGUGCUGACACGCAGAAGGGCUUCAACUUGUUGAAACCUUUGGGCUCUCUGAUUGUGUUUGGUGCUGCCAACUGUGUGAUGGGCCAGAAGAGGAGCCUGCUGGCGAUUGUCAAGACGUGGUACAACCAGCUGUCCAUCAACGCACUGAAGCUGAUGCCGACCAACAAGGCCGUGUGCGGUUUCCACCUGAGCUACGUGGACGACGGCCACAUCCAGGACGCCAUGGCCUCUCUGCUGGAGCUCUACAGGCAGGGCAAGAUCAAGCCACGCAUCGACUCCUGCUACCACUUUGAAGAGGUUGCUGAUGCAAUGAGGCGCAUGCAUGAGCGGCAAAAUAUCGGCAAGGUCAUCCUUCUCCCUCAGCCUAAAAAGCAGGAUGCAGAGAUGACGACCACCUCCCAGCCAGGUGGAAAGAAAUGACAUGAACGGAGGACUGAGUAAGAUGUUUUUGUGGAAAUAGAUUUUUCUACAAAUUAUUAUGUCUUUGUCAGCAUUCGUAAACCUUUUUUUUUUUAAGAAUUAUUGUGCAAUAUAUGAAGAAUUAAAUCUCUGUAUUGCUAAAAUGCUAAUUGCUAAAAUAGCUUCAAUGUAUUCCAGUUGAUAUAAAUGGCAGCUGCAAGAUAGGCAUUACUUCUGCAGCUCUUUUAAUAAACAUUAUUAUAAUAUCCACAUUGACCAGCUGCACCAUGUGAUCAGUAAUUGGUUAAGUCAUUGCAAAAGUCAGCAUUGUUUUGUUGUUUCUCACCUGUUGUUGUGCCAAAGUUCCAUAACUACUGCACUCUGGAUUGGUUGUGGAAAACAAUGCCUUGGCAAACCCUCCUCUGUUGGGGGAAAAAAAAGUCACACAUCUAUUGCAGUUUCCAUAUGAAGCUAUUUUUCCACCGCUUUAUAACUGUGGGACAUUAUAUUGUGUAACUUUAAAAAAAUAUAUAUAUAUGUAUAUGAUAGCAUGAUGGAUUAUCCCACCAGGAAACAUUGGAUUUAUCAUUUUCUGCAUCUGACACAUCUAUGGAGCUGGAACACUGCCAUUAAGUUUUGGCAUUGAAAAUAAAUCAUGUUGGCAUUGUACAAAAAUACAUGCCGACACCGAAACAAGUAUUGGCGCUGGAAAAGAUUCUGUUGAAAAAUAAAACACUGUUGUUUAAAAAAAUAAAAAUAGAAUUCCAAUGAAAAAUUCAACACUGACAAGAUGAAGGGGAAAUCUGAAGACUGACAUGGGAAAACAUCAGAAUAUCAUUAUUUUUUUUAAAUGUCUCUUUUAAAUUUGAGGUGAAAAAGAUUCCAUAUGAAAAAUAAAGCACUGACAUUAAAAUAAUGUGAGCGUGAAAUCAGAAGACUGACACUGAAACAAGUAUUGGAUGAAAAAGACACUGACAUUAAAAUGAAAGGGAAAUCUGAAGGCUGACAUAAAACAUCACAAUCAUCAGUUAUGAUCAUUUCUUGUUUUGUUUUUUUGAAAUGUACAGUAUCUCUUAAAUUUGAGUGGAAUGUUUUUCAGUUGCAAGGCUUAUUUCAGUGGUCUUUUUCCGUUGUAACCAAAACGUACCUUUGGUGUCAAAGCUUGAUUGCAGUGUUCAGUCUCCAUACAUUUCAUUGAACAUUUUCACAUUUUUCAGUUCUUCAGAUCUCAAGAUGGACCAAAAAAAAUAUGCUUCUUGAAUUUUGACAGAUGUCAGACCCCAUGACACAUGCUGCAAACUGCAGACUAAACUGCAGUCCGGCCGCUAGGUGGAGCAGCUAUGCUUUUAAUGCAGGAGUGGGUAAACUCUUUGACUCGCAGGCCACAUUGGGUUAAAAAGUGUUGCCGAGGAGCCGUCCAUAUAUAGUUGAUCAUCAAACAGAAUGACAUACUUACUCAUGGAAAACAUAAUACAUCCACAGCAAGUUAAUGCAUCACAUAAGCUACUACUCCUGCGUGGGUGAUCAACAGCUAAGCGGUAGACAUAACACGUUACUUAAACUGUUAUUCACAAGUUCCCGCAGGGCAUGCUGGGUAGUCCAGCAGCAACAACAAUAUGAACUAUGAACAAUAAAACAUUGGAUAUCAAGAGUAUGUUAAUGUGCCUCCUUGUUAGUUCCCUGACAACCUCCUCAAAAUAUUUUGCAAUCAAGCAAAAAUGCGACAAACAUGGGGAAAUGUUGGGAGAGCGAGUACCACAAGCUAUCCAGCAUGCCUUGCGACGGGACUAUAUGGCUGUAAAAUUGGCAUGGGCAUUGUGGGUAGAUAUUUAUUUGUAUGCACACAUAGUGCAGUAGGUAGGUUACGUUGUGUGUUACGUUUGUGUUGACGUGUUGUGUUGUUUGGAUCGCCUUUUUGUACAAGCUACAGAUUGCAUCUGACUAUUUCCUGUGCGAAUCAAGAGUGCAACAAUAGCACUGCAAGUCAUGUUGCCGGACACAGCUUCGAUGUUAAAGGUCUGACAAAAGCAAUUUGGAAACUCCCGGUGGGCCAGAUUAAGACUAUUGGCGGGCCUAAUGUGGCCCGCGGGCCGCAGUUUGCCCACCACUGUUUUAAAGCAUCAAGUAGCUCUGAGGUGUCCAAAGUUUUUCCACCGCGGGCCACAUGUUGAAAAAUGGGCCACUUUGAUAUUUUGUAAAGCAACACAUGUAGAUAUGCGUAGAAGUUAUAUACAGUGUAUAUUUCAAGAAAACACUGCAUCUCAGCUUUGCGAUAUAGGUGAAAAUGCGUAGUAUGAACUUCGGUGUUUGUUGUUUUUUACCCUCAUUUUUUGAUGUUUUUUAAAAUGUUCUAAAUAUUUAAACUUUCUACCUACAUAAUCUUUGUAAAUGUUCUUCUUGUAAUAUGAUUCCCAUAAUGUUCUGACUUUAUUCCCAGAAUAUUUUUUUCCCAACCUAAUGAUCCCAAAAUUACAACUUUAUUUUGUUUUAUUUCUCAUAUUAUAAAAAAAAAUAAAAAAAGAGAAAAUAUUUCACCCCUAUGCCACUAAUAUAACAUUGUUUUUCCUCAUAAUAUUACAAGUUUAUUAUAUUACAAUUAAAAAACAUUUUUUCUCGUGAUCUUACUUUUUUCUGUGCAUAUUUUGACUUUCUUCUUCUCGAAUCGAAUUAGAGAUGUUUUUUCCAUUUUGGCUUUUUUUUUUAAUGUUCAACUUUUUUUCUUGUACAUUUUCUGCUCAUAAUAUUAUGACCUUAUCUCAUAUUAUUUUGACUUUAUUCUCGUAAUAUAAUAACUUUUUUCAUCACCAAAUAUUCCACAAAUUACAACUUUAUUUUGUUUUGUUUUUCAUAAUAUUGCGGCUUUAAAAAAAACCUGAUUUCUUUAAAAAUUUCAACUUAUGCGACUAAAAUGACGUAAUUUUUCCUCCGAAUAUUAUGACAUAAAACUAUGACUUUUAUGUAGGCCUGAUUACGAUUGCUAACAGGUGCGCGCAGGUGGCUCCGCCCCAGCAGGACCAGCGGUGCACUGCAAUAGAGAACAGAUAGGCGACAGCAGAGCAGCUCCAACAGAACAUGACAGCGGGCUGCUAGGUCGUGCUUUGUACAGCCCUGAAUUAGAUGAAAGGUAAAUUACAUUUUGUAACUGUUGGAGGCGCCCUUCAUCAAAACCAUUUGCCACUUCUACUACUACAGUUCUCUGUUUAAAUACAGCACCUAAAUGACAAUAAAUAGCAUAACACGCAUCAUUCUAUUUUUCAGACUAACACCAAUCCAAUUUUGAAAUGAUACAAUAUGUUUGUUAUUCUCAAAUAGAGCAGCCUGUAGCGUACAGUACAUCUGGGAAGUAUUCACAGCGCUUUACUUUUCCACAUUUUGUUACUUUCUAAAUUGGAAUAAAUCAUUUUGUAUUUCAUGUGAAGACUUACAUACAUGUCGUUUAGUGUGUAGAAUUUUGUGAAGAAAAAUGAAUUUAUUCCAUUUUGGAAUAUUACGAUGGUAAGAUAGCGGAAUGCGGGAAAAGUGAGCGCCGGAUUUCCGGAUGCAGUGUACACAGUAUAGAUUAAAUGCAUUGUGAAAUAAGUAUGGUGUUUGGAAUGUUUCUUGACUUGUGCUGUCUUGUUAUUGCUCUGUGUUGAUCGGAUGUUUGCUUCAACUGGAUGUGAUUCAAUGCUGUGACGAAGAUAAGACAUGUUUUCCCCCUUCACAGUCCUCUUCUCGCACCCCCCACCCCUCCACCAUUAUAUGUCACUGGUUUUGUUGUAAGUCCGCCCAAGAUAUUUUCCACCCCUUUCUCCUUCUGCCCUACUUCCUCCAUGUCUAUGUCCAGUGUGCACUAAAAUCUGAUGUGGAUUUGAAAUUGUAGGGAGGAGGAACUGGAAUCUUUAUUGUGUUUGCGAGAAUAGAAUUAGCCUUAACUUUUUAAAGUCGUUUUUCAAUUCUGUGUACCCACUGUUAGUAUGUUAUCUUUGACGUAUUGUGCUUUGCUACGUUUGAACCCUUGAGGGCCCUUAAAAAUGGAGUUACACUUUUUAACCUUUGGCCCCAAAACAGUCCCGCCCAUACAAGUAUAAUAAAAAAGGGGAAUGUUUGUUGUCACUAUCGUUGUAUCUAAACUUUUAAACAAAUUCACUCAUAUAGUUUAUAUAUAGAGAGAUAUAAUUAUGUUAUAUGCCCCUUUUGAUGUAAUAACCCCUAAUUUUUUUCAGUGGGAAAAAUUCUGCCUAAUUUUACAAAAAAUUUUGUUUAUUGGGGGAAAACCAAAAAAAAGGGCCGCACGGUGGUCUAGUGGUUAGCAUGUUGGUCAACACAGUAACAGCCUGGAGAUCGGAAGACGUGGGUUUGAUUCUCCCUUGGGCAUCUCUGUGUGGAGUUUGCAUGUUCUCCCCGUGUGUGUGGGGGGGUUUUCUCCGGGUACUCCGGUUUCCUCCCACAUUCCAAAAACAUGCAUGUUAGGUUAAUUGGAGACUCUAAAUUGUCCAUAGGUAUGAAUGUGAGUGUGAAUGCUUGUUUGUCUAUAUGUGCAGGGUGUACCCCGCCUGUUGCCCGAAGUCAGCUGGGAUAGGCUCCAGCAUGCCCCCGCGACCCUAAAAAGAGGAGAAGCGGUAUAGAAAAUGGAUGGAUGGGGGAAAAGAAACAUACUUUUUAACACUAGGUCCCAAAAUGGUCCCUCUCAUAAAUGUAAUAAAAGCCAUACAAUUCAUACAGUUCAAUGGGACCAAAUGGGCCAGAGGAUGAAGAGUCUCGGCAUAUACAGUAUUCAAAUCUUCUAUACACCUUGGGUUUAGCCUCUUUACAAAAUGUAAGACAUAUAUGUAACAUGUUUGUGAUAUACAAAAUAAAAAUAAC